CACAUAACAGCAUCCAAAUAAACCAUACGAGUAGCCAGUAGCCAACAAACAAGAGCAACAGCUGUCCUGCUCACUACGUUCUCCGGUUAUGGAACGGUGGCUAGGUAAUCAGCUAAUCGCCGUCUUUUCCUUCACCUCUCUGUUUAAUUCAAUCCUGAUCGUCGGAUUUCAUCAUCAUCACCCGGACUGCACCCCCCUCAGGCGGCCAAAGGAGAAUAGGAUUGAAGGAACUUUCAAGAUUGCCCUGUUUGCUGACUUACAUUUCGGAGAAGACGCUUGGACUGAUUGGGGACCGCAGCAAGACGUUAACUCCGUCAAAGUCAUGUCCACUGUACUUGACCAUGAAACACCAGAUUUUGUAGUAUAUCUGGGAGAUGUCGUUACGGCCAACAAUAUUCCAAUUGCAAAUGCAAGUUUGUACUGGGAUCAAGCAAUCUCUCCGACAAGGGAGAGGGGUAUACCUUGGUCUAGUGUUUUCGGGAACCAUGAUGAUGCAUCAUUUGAGUGGCCGAUGGAGUGGUUUUCAUCCCCAGGAAUUCCACCUGUUCAUUGCCCUGCAACUAAUAAGUCACAUUCAGGGGAGGAAUCCUGUAGCUUCAGGGGCACACAGCGGAUAGAGCUGAUGAAGAACGAGAUUAAGCAUAAUAGCUUAUCAUUUUCUAAAACAGGUCCUAAAGAUCUAUGGCCAAGUGUAUCCAACUAUGUCCUCCAAGUUGCAUCCUCCAGUGAUCCAACAGCGAAAGUUGUGAUGAUGUAUUUUCUAGACUCUGGUGGCGGUUCCUAUCCUGAAGUUAUAUCAAGUGCCCAAGCAAAAUGGCUCCAGCAUAAAUCUGAAGAGAUAAACCCUGAUUCAAGAGUUCCUGAGAUUGUCUUUUGGCAUAUACCAAGUAAAGCAUAUAAGAAAGUAGCUCCUAGGUUUUGGAUACACAAGCCUUGUGUGGGCUCCAUUAACUUGGAACAUGUUGCUGCUCAAGAAGCUGAAUAUGGAAAAAGAAGUCUACAAAACAAGGAAGUCAAUAUAUCUAAUAAGAUAGUUUCAAGAAGUUGCAGUAGGGUCCAAAUGAUGCAUGUGCUAUGUGUGGCAGUAUUUGUAGGACACAACCAUGGACUAGACUGGUGCUGCCCUUAUAGCAAGCUAUGGCUGUGCUAUGCUAGGCAUACUGGUUAUGGAGGCUAUGGGAAUUGGCCUAGAGGAGCUAGAAUAGUGGAGGUUAACGAGCGGCCCUUCUCGAUCAAGUCAUGGAUAAGGAUGGAAGAUGGCAGUGUACACAGUGAAGUUCUCUUGAGCUCUUGACAGGUUUCUUCUGCAAUUUAGCUGUAAAGGGUAAGUACAACACUCAAGUGGAAAAGAAGAAUAGAUGUGUAAAUGUUUAUCUUGUACAAAUCUGCUAGUAGUGAUUCUCCAAUUGCAUUGUCAGUUAAAUUAUAAGUUAAUAAAGGAGAAGACCAAUUAUUUUUGCUUA